CCUGGCAGCCAAUGGGGCGGCGCGAAGAGCCUGGCUGUGAUGUUUCGGAUGUGGGCCGGGGAGUCGUUGGAGGGUGCUUGAUCCGAAGCGGAUACGGAGCAGGAAGGGCGGGCGGCCGACCGACCGACGCGGGACCCUGGCUGCCGAGAGGAAGGCACAGGGGUGCUAGAGGAUGUCUAGGAUGAACGACGCCGAAAAAAGACAGUUCAGCUCGGUGGAAGAAGAGAGGAAUUACUGGCAGGAAGUGGCAACGAAAUACAAGCAAUGCGCCGAGAACGCCCAGGAGGAGCUGCGGGAGUUUCAGGAAGGGAGCCGGGAGUACGAGGCUGAACUGGAGAUGCAGCUGCAGCAGACAGAGUCCCGGAACAGAGACCUCCUGUCGGAGAACAACAGGCUUCGAGCAGAGAUUGAGUCUAUUAAGGAAAAGAUCACAGCCCAGCACUCCGAAGGCUACCAGCAAAUCUCCACCCUGGAGGAAGAGCUGGCCCAGACGAGAGCCAUCAAAGACCAGCUGCAGAAGUACAUCCGGGAACUGGAGCAAUCCAACGACGACCUGGAAAGAGCCAAGAGGGCCACGAUCAUGUCCCUGGAGGAUUUUGAACAGCGACUGAAUCAGGCCAUUGAAAGGAACGCCUUCCUGGAGAGCGAGCUGGACGAGAAGGAGAAUCUCCUGGAAUCGGUGCAGCGCCUGAAAGACGAAGCCAGAGAUUUGCGACAAGAACUGGCUGUACAGCAGAAGCAGGAGAAGCCCAAGUCCCCCGUGGAAGCGGAGAAAAUGGACACAGCCGUACAAGCCACUCCGUCUGGGCCUCCAACCCCUGCAGCCCACAGGGGGCCUAGUAUCGGAAUAAGUACCCCGGCAACAUUCAGACGAGGCUUUGACGACGGCUACAGCACGACGCCUCUCACGCCAGCAGCCCGAAUAUCCGCGCUUAACAUCGUGGGAGAUCUGCUUCGGAAAGUCGGGGCUCUGGAAUCCAAGCUGGCGUCCUGUCGAAACUUUGUGUAUGACCAAGCUCCAUACCGAAGUGCCUUGCCCACCCCGGUCUGCUUGGGCAGAGAUGCCUUCGAGAGACGGCUGAGCGGCCCUUACGUUUCCCAAGGGCUGGUGAAGCGGCUGGAGUUAGGGGCCCGACCCCCAAGCCUCACCGGGCCAGGCGGCCUGCCUCCCCAGGGAGUCGUCCAGAUGCUUCUCUGAACCGUCCUCCUUUUUAUGGACACUCACUGCCGCUUCGUGUUUUCGUCUGUUUCUAAUGGAAUACUAACACCCGGCUUGCCUGUGAGAUCGGGAGGCUGGUGGACAAGAGACCUCUGGCAAGGCCGGGGCAAGGCAAGAGAAUAACCCGCCUCCCGUCCCACCUGGCUGGGGUUUAUGGGAGGUGCAGAAUUGGGCCAGGCACUGGGAAGCUGCAGGGAUUUGUCUUCCCACCAAUAAGGAUGGACUGAACUCGUUAUAAAUAAAAAUGCCAGCUGCUGUUCCGGCAUAUGAUGGCCAGCCAGAAGAUGCCUUUUCGGCCAGCAUCCGUGUGCCUCUGAGCCCACCUUGGGACGCAGCAUUGUGAAUCCAGUUGUGUGACCCCAACUGCGGAGAGAGUGGCUGUUUGAGGCGUUUACCGGAGCUCGUUUCAAAGCUGCCAGGCCUCCGUGUGGCUCCAGAGAAAAGCGUGACAAUAUUCUGCCACUCGUUGUCUUUAGAGGACGGAGAUAUUGGUCCUGAUUUUAACGCACAGCUGGCUAGAGCCUACCUGACAGUUGUUUUUUAUCUUCAGAGGACUUUCAUCCGGGUUGCUGGCAGAGCAUUCUCUUGAUCCCAAGCGCCUUCUGUUAAGUGCCUUCUGCCGCCGGGGUGAGCCCACCCACCACCCGCUUCUCCCCUGACAGUGGCUAGAGGAUGGGGGGGGGGUGUUAACUGUAGGCAAACUGGCUUGAAGCCAACUGCAAGGUUUUUAAAAAUGAGGAAGUGUCCCUGUUUUUUGUACACGCAUAGGAAACCAUCUCUGAGGCAAUCAUGUUGCGCUCAUGUUUUAGUUCUGGAGUUCUUAAUACCAAGUCAUAACUCAGCUGUGUUUUGAAGCAGCAGCAUUUGUGCUGCAUUGUACAAAUGAAGAUUGAAGCAGCAGAGACUUCUGGAUUUGGGGGCGUACACAGUCCUACCCAGGCUGAGCGGGAAACGUCUUGAGUGACAUCACUCCCGUCACAUCUCAGCCUGGGUAGGGGUUCGUGCUCUCUGCCUUCUGCCACCUUGUCUAUGUUCUUCGGGGACAAAGAAACCAGUGUCCAGUUUUGAUCUUGCAAAGGUGUGAAACGGGCUGCUGUGUAGCCAGUGCGUGAAAUAAACGGGAAACUAAUUUCUG